AUGAGCGCAGAACCAAGACCGCACAUGCUCUCGAUGCAGAGCAAGCUCCCGCGUCUGCCAAUCCCGCCGCUUAAGCAGACAAUCGACCAGCACCUUGCGGCCAUCGCCCCAAUAGUCGGAAGUGACCAGGCGGCGCUUGCGGACUCGCACAAGCGGGCAACCGAGUUUCUGAAGCGGUGGUGGUUCGAUUAUGCGUAUCUGAGCUGGCGCGAGGGCCUGUGCAUCAACUCAAACUACUGGAUUGCAUUCGUCGAGGACCCACAUGCCUACGGUCUGGCAACGCCUGCCAGCGUCCUGGUAAGCAACCCCGAGCACCGCCAAGGCAAGGUCUGGGACAGCCGCGAGUACGGCGAGUUCCAGAUCCGGCGCGCGGUAAAGUUCAUCCAGAAAACCCUGGACUUCAAGGACUU